AGCAGCGCAUCACGGGUAACAAAUGUCGCCAUGGUCGAAAACGCGGAAUCACAGAAAACUUACGGCGUUUUACCAAAUAGAUAUGGAGGUGGUCCGCACGGUUUAGGUGAUCCAGAUGAUAAAUCUCUUAGAAAGCUAGAAAGAGAUGUUAUUAUUACUGAAAAAAUGCGUGUCAAAUCAAAGAAAGAGAAAUGCAAAGCUGAAUUUGAAGCGUUUAGUGAGUGUUGCAAGAAUUCAAACUUGUUCUUAGCAGUGGCAUGUAGAAAAGAAAAUGCUGAUUUUAAAACUUGCUUACGACAAUGGUUUACAAAUGAGCAGUUAAGAGAAGAAUGUACACAAGAGUAUUUGGAAGAAAGAAGUGAAUACCGAAGAACUGGAAUUCCGAAGACCAGAUACAGAGGAAGAUACAGUCGUAAGGUAGAACCCGAGUAAAAAACAGCAUCAGACAGUCCUUUAAUUCAAAGCCGAAGAUAAGACAAAAAUAGUGAAGAGAUAGUAAAAAAUAAAAUAAAUUUAUUGUUUGCAUAGUUUAUCGAUAAGUUGGUUUGUAUACAAGUUCUUAUGAAGAAUCCUCAUCUUCCUCUUCAACAUAAA